CUCUAUAUAAGGAGGUGUCGGGGUGCUGAAAAGUUCCUGGCUUUAAAGGUAUUGCAAAAACCCUGGUUAGAGGCCCAAACUUCCGAGUUCUUUUACAAAACUUAGAAAAUAUGAAGCAUCACUGCAAUAAGUGUGUGAAUCUGAGACAGGAAUAUGUUGAAUAAAAUCAUAAUUAACUGAUCCUCCUGUAUUUUCUUUUACCCAAAGCCAGGAAGCUUUCAGCACCCAUUCUUAACAUAAUCUGAACACUAUUUCAGAAAAUGAUCUGUUCUUUUAAGCAUAUGAAAGACAAAUUUAGCUGGGGCAAAAUGAGCAAGACAAGACAAGGUAAAUUUGUCUCUUCAGUUCUCCAGAAUUACAUUUGAUAAAAGGCUCAGACACAUCAACAUCCAUCCUUAGACAUCAGACAGAGGAGAAAUGCAACAAAACUAUUAAUAUUGGGGUCAAAUUGACAGAGAAUCAUGGAAAAUGGCACAAUAUGAAAUCAACAAAACUCAACUAAAUCUAAAAUCUGAACAUAAAUAUUUUCUAUAACUUUUUCAUGAUCUGUUGGAGUGACUCUCGUUUUGAUGUAGUUAUGCACCGUGCAAUUAAAGAGAAGAAACUGAAAUUAAUCAUGACUCAUUUUGCACCAUUUUAGAUACCAUUUUUUGAAAAUGAUCAAAUUAGACAUUAGUGUGGGAAAAAUUGACUUAGAAUCCAACAGAGAAAAGAAUAUUGAUUGUUACAGAUAUCUUAUUAGCAACCUCAACCUCAAUUACCAUCGUGUCGAAGUUGAGGAAAAAUAUCAUGAAAGGUGGUCUCUGCCACCUGACUAUAUUUUAAACUCUCUCAACUUCAACAACACCUGUAACGAUCAAUUUUUUUUUUAUUUCCAAAGAUGCUGCAAUGCUUACAAAUGAAUUUCAAAGUGGGAGGGAGGAAAUAACAUGAAAUCAAAAAUAACUCAUUUCGCUCCAGUUAUCAAAUUUUACCCCCGCCUAUAUGUCUGUCUGUAUGUAUGUAUGCAUGCAUUAUAGUCUCCUUUCUUUGAUUUCAUGUGAUAGUUGUAAUUGAACGUUGCCAUCAUGCAAGCGGCGUCUUUUGUUACCAAAUCUUCUAGCUCUGAUCAUCAGGAAAAAUUACCUUACUUGGAAACUACUAAGUGUUAUCUACCUCCGCAAAUCCCGUCUGACCCAUGCAUGAAUGCACAAGUGGACAUUAAGCAUUGACGAUGCUGAUGAUAUAAAAUUAUAUGUAUACACGACGCAUACUUGUAUGAGUACUGCCGACUUUGAAGUGAUGGAUGUACGCAGUUUGUAUGAUACUAUAUACUUAGAUAAUGGUGUUGUACCAGAUAUGAUUCGCGUUGAACUGUACGAACACAAGUGAUAUUGUGUUCAGCAAGCGUGAACAUUAUGAGUUGUGCGAAUGUUUUUUUUUUUUUUUUUUUUUUUUUGUUUAUUUUACUCUCUUGGUUCUGUUGUAAGUUCAUAUUUUCUAUUUCGCAUUUGAUUUUACUUAUAUUUUUUCAGCACACCAAAAUAAUUUUUAACUGCGUGUCGAGGAGAGAUGAAAUAUGUAUUAAUUGUAGUGAAUAAAUUAAUAUCGCAGCAGAAUAAUUUAUGUCACUGACUCGAGUUUUUGCUAAAGUUGACAAUAUAAUUACUUCCCCUGACAAUUUCCCUUUUUCCCUUCACUUCCUGCUAUUGUUUGACGCAAAUCUAUGUUAUUUUGACAGGCUCAUAUAACAGCUGCCAUUUAAGCGAUAGAAUAGGAUAUAGUAGGUUGAUAACGAACUGUGUAUGAAAUAGAUACGGCAUUUUUUUUAUUAUUUUGUACACCUAGAAAUGGAAAUUAAUAUUUGCUUUUGAAGCUAUCAUUGUCCCUCAUAGUUUCUCACCACUUGUGUAUAUAUUACAUGUUCUUCCUUGGAUCUAUAAUACGUUAUCUGAUAAUACUGAUGUGACAAUUUCUGACACAAGACACAUCAACUGACUAAUGAAGAAUAUGAAAGACUGAAGAAUGACUUCGUGAAGUUAACAUGUGACAGAGAUUAUCUAACUUCUCCGAAAUGUUUUAAAGUUAAUUGGAAAUAUAUGUCUUGUCUUGAUUUUUUUGUGGUUGAACUCAAGAAAUUUAAUAGAAAACAUUACCAACCUUAAUGCAUAAGAUAUCUGGAUAUAUUUUGAAAAUUGGAUUGAUUGAAUACAAUCAUAUUUGAGACGAUAACAUUUAAUUCAAAAAUUAAAAUCAACAAGUAUGGUAUUUACCUGAAAAGUGUAUGAAAAAUGUUUAUAUGUAAGUGACAGCUGAAAAAAAAUUUCAAAUUACUAUGUACAUUGUCACAAAAAAUAAUCUGUGUCAUAAUAACAUCUUAAUCACAGUCUCACUUUACCUUAUAAAACUAUGAAUUAAAGAAGGACAUAUAUAAAGAAGAAAUUAAAUUUGCAUUUUGUGAGGAACAUAUGACAUUAUGGAGGAGAGACUGUGUAAGAAUCAGGUUUAUGAGAAUAAGGAUUUCCCUCACCCAAAUGAGAACGAUGUACAGAUGAAAUCAUAUGACUGUGACAUCAAAACAAAUACAUCCAUGAAUAUUACGGAAACCAGUGAACACAAUUCACUUAAUACAAAUUCAAAUGUUUACCAUUGUGAAGUUUGUGAUGAAAAUUUCACAUAUGAUUCUUUGCUUUCACACAAAUGUACUCACACAGAUGAGAAACUAUGCCAUUGUGAUAUCUGUGGUAAAAUUUUCUCUAGUGAUGACGACUUGACUGUUCACAAAUGUACACAGACAAGUAAGAAAACAUUUAACUGUGAUGUCUGUGGAAAAACAUUUUACAAGAAUUCUGAUUUAACUCGUCACAUACGCAUUCACACAGGUGAAAAACCAUUCUGCUGUCAUAUCUGUGGUAAAUCAUUUUCUCGGAAUUAUGAAUUGACUGGUCACAAAUAUACUCACACAGGUGAGAAACCAUACUGCUGUGAUAUAUGUGGUAAAACAUUUUCUCAGAAGUUUCAAUUGAAACUUCACAUACGUACACACACAGGUGAGAAACCAUAUCACUGUGAUGUGUGUGGUAAAACAUUUACUACGAAUUCUGAUUUAACUCGUCACAUACGCACUCACACAGGUGAGAAACCAUACCACUGUAAUAACUGUGGCAAAUCAUUUUCUCGGAAUUAUGAACUGACUGCUCACAAAUGUUUUCACACAGGUGAGAGACCACAUCACUGUGCUGUCUGUGGUAAAACAUUUUCAAAGAAUUCUGACUUAACUCGACACAUACGUAUUCACACAGGUGAAAAACCUUUUCGCUGUGACAUCUGUGGUAAAUCAUUUUCUCGAAAUUACGGAUUGACCGGUCACAAAUGUUUUCACACAGGUGACAAAUCAUAUCACUGUAAUGUCUGUGGUAAAACAUUUUCAAAGAAAUCCGACUUAAUUCGUCACUUAUGUAUUCACACAGGGGAAAAACCAUUUCACUGCGAUGUUUGUGGUAAAACAUUUUCAAAAAAUUCUGACUUAACUCGUCACAUACGUAUUCACACUGGGGAAAAACCAUUCCGCUGUGAUAUCUGUGGUAAAUUAUAUUCUCGGAAUUACGAAUUGACUGUUCAUAAAUAUUCUCAUACAAAUAUGAAGCCAUAUCACUGUGAUAUAUGUGGUAAAACAUUUUCUCAGAAGUUUCAGUUGAAACUUCACAUACGUACACACACAGGUGAGAAACCAUAUCACUGUGAUGUCUGUGGAAAAACAUUUACUACGAAUUCUGAUUUAACUCGUCACAUACGCACUCAUACAGGUGAGAAACCAUUCCACUGUGACAUCUGUGACAAAUCGUUUUCUCAGAAUUAUGAGUUGACUGUUCACAAAUGUUUUCACACAGGUGAGAAACCAUAUCACUGUGAUAUAUGUGGUAAAACAUUUUCAAAGAAUUCUGACUUAACUCGUCACAUACGCAUUCACACAGGUGAAAAACCAUUUCACUGUGGUGUCUGUGGUAAAUCUUUUUCUCGGAAUUAUGAAUUGACUGGUCACAAAUAUACUCACACAGGUGAGAAACCAUACUGCUGUGAUAUAUGUGGUAAAACAUUUUCUCAAAAAUAUCAAUUAAAUCUUCACAUACGGACUCACACAGGUGAAAAAGAAUAUCAAUGUGAUAUUUGUGGUAAAACAUUUAGUAGAAAUGGGGACUUGACUGUUCAUAAAUAUACUCAUACAGGUGAGAAACCAUACCACUGUGAUAUCUGUGGUAAAACAUUCUCACGGAAUUCUCACUUAACUCGUCAUAUACCUACACACAGAGGUGAGAAACAAUACCACUGUGAUAUCUGCGAUGAAUCAUUUUCUCGGAAAAAUGCGUUGACUGUUCACAAAUCUACUCACACAAGUUAGAAACCUUACCACUGUGACGUUUGUGGCAAAACAUUUUCACAAAGUUCUCACUUAACUUGUCACAUAUAUAUAUAUAUAUAUAUAUAUAUAUA